UGGCGUAAAACUGACGUAAAGCCUGCGUCGGUUUACCCCAGUGUUUGUGGGAAGCCUGCUCAGGCUGGCGUGAUAGCAAACAUCUAUUAGCUAGCUGCUCCACAUUUCCAUUUUGUUAGCUUCCUCUUUUUCAGGUGGCUGUCAUCAAGACACGUGUUGGCUGCUAGCAAGCUAUGAAGAUGAAGAAGCGACCAAACAUUUUGUUAACAGGAACGCCUGGUGUUGGAAAGACCACAUUAGGAAAGGAGCUGGCCCAAAGGACAGGGCUUACCUAUGUCAACAUAGGAGACCUGGCUCGGGAAGGACAACUUUAUGACGGCUAUGAUGAAGUGUACCAGUGCCCGAUUUUGGAUGAGGACGGAGUGGUGGAUGAGCUGGAUGAGAAGAUGGUAGAAGGUGGUAUGAUUGUUGACUAUCAUGGCUGUGACCUGUUCCCUGAACGCUGGUUCCACAUCGUCUUUGUCCUCCGCACAGAUAACACCCAACUGUACACACGGCUAGAGAGCAGGGGUUACACAGGAAAGAAGCUGCAGGACAACGUGCAGUGUGAGAUCUUCCAGACUAUCUACGAGGAGGCCAUGGAGGCCUACAGCGAGGACAUCGUCCACCAACUGUCCAGCAACACUCCUGAGGACCUGGAGCGCAACCUGGAGCAGAUAGUUCAGUGGACUGAGCAGUGGAUGAAGGACCAUAACUAGAAUCUGAACUCAGGACUGUCAACAAAAGUUAUUUAGACAUUAAAAACAAACUGUAUUGAUUUUUUGAUCUGCAUUUAUUUUCAUAGAUUUUUCCAUCAUGAAGAAUGGUUUAUAUAUUCAAAGUCUGAUCACUUUGUAUAGUGGCCUCUGACCCAUCUAAUUUUAAAGGAGUGUUGUUGGGCCAACUCUAACAGUUGGACUUGGAAGCAGUUUAUAUAUCUAUAUAUAUCCUUUUAAAAACAGUAAGACACCUGCAGUGUAUUCCAGAAAGCCAGUUUUUUUAACCCCGGGAUGAGGGAAAGACGUAAUUUAAACUCUGGGUCAAUUACUUUGGUAACUAUCUCUGUGAACCCAACCUGCUCGCUGGUAGGUUUUCUUCAACAAACCCUGAGGUUCUCUCUGUCUCCUCCCUCUUACAGAGCCAGACACGCUGUUUCAAUUCUACACUGAGUCAGUCUGUAUCAAAGCAUUUAUUGAAGCGCAUUAAUUAGUGAAAAUUUACUGUAUGUCAGAAUCACAAUCAGAUCAGAUUGUGAGCUUACAAUCAUGUCUUUAUGUCUUUGAUCUAUAUAUUUUAAUGCCUCUGUGCCAAUAGCUGUGGCCGGAGGUAACAUGUUUUUGGGUUCUCCAUCUAUACGUCUGUGUAGCUGUACAUACCAUUCUCUCAAAUGCAAUAUCUCAAGAAUGCCUUGGCAUAAACAUCCACUUCACUCAAACAGUGAACUGAUCAGAAUUUGGUGGUCAAAGGUCAAGGGCACCGUGAACUCACGAAAUAAGUCUUUUGGCCAUAGCUCAAGAAUUCAUGCGCAAAUUAUAACAAAAUUUUCUAUUAGCAUGUAAUGAUGAAGUGAUGACAUUUUAUUUCUAAAUCAAAGGUCAGCAUCACUGUGACAUGAUAAUGUUCUGAAAAAAAAAAAAAAAAA